UAGCAACAAAAAGGGUCUCUUUGAUUUUUUGUAUUACAUUUGUUUUACAUUUAUAUCCGAACAGUCUGUGUGCCAGAAGCCUUAGUCUAACGCUCCGCUCUUAUUUUGACAGUCAGAACCGGUAGUCGUCUCUCGUUGUCCCGUUCCCCCGUUCCUCUCUCCUGUCGGUACAGAGUGUCUCCGGUCGGUAGUCUACUUACGGUGUCCUGUCCUCCCGUUAACAUGCCUUUCCUUGAGCUGCGGACGAACUUACUUGCGGGCUCGUUCUCGGAGGAUUUCGUUAAGAAAUUCAGCGCGUGCGCCGCCGCCGCUUUGGGGAAACCUGAUGACAGGAUGAACGUGGUCGUGCAGCCCGGCUGUCCCAUGCUGAUCUCCGGCUCCUCCUCUCCGUGUGUGAUGCUGUCGGUGUCUGCGAUCGGUGUGACUGACACAGCUGACAAGAACAAGGAGCACAGCGCCAAGAUCUUUGAGUUCCUGACCAGAGAACUCGAACUGACCGAGGACAGGAUCGUGAUUGUGUUCCACGCUCUGCAGCCUCACCAGGUCGGCAAGAAGGGGACGGUCAUGAGCUUCCUGUGAGGGACGGCGGCAUUCCAGACAUGCCUUACACUCACAUUCCUACAGACAGACGAGAGGAAGAAGAAAUGAAUCAGUGUUCAUCACUUUAUGAAGUAAAUGAAUCUACAGAGCUCUUGUUUUCAGCGCAGUUCACACAUAAUGUUAAUGAGAUCUAUUUUAAGAACAACAAGGUAAAAGAAAAAGUAAAAAGUCUUCAAUGUGUCAUCAAAUCAUUUAAUGUUAAAUACAUGUCAUGAAAGGAAAAUCUCCAAACAACCUGUUUGAGCACACAUUUUCUGAAAAGUCGAGCAGGCAAAAGAUCGAGAAGAUGGACUUUUCUCAUUACUGGGGGGUUUGUAGACGAACUAGAAACACAUGUUAGUGUUAGAAAAACAAGGUUAAGUGUUUUUAGCAUAAUAUGUGACUCCUAUAAUACAGUAACAGAAACAUAAUUAAAGGUUGGAGAUAUGGAUGAAGCUCACAUAGAUAUGACUUGUAUUAUGCAAAUAAAAUAAAUAAAAAAAGGUGGGGGGUAACUUUUUA